UGGGCUCAUCAAACUGAGGAGAACUUUAUGAGAGCUUUAGAUAAAUGAUAUUAUGCACAAGACUAGGGCUGUCAUUUAGAGUCACUUUACCGGCUCGCCUCGGUUCAUCUUUACCUGAUGGUGUUAUUGCGCAAAAGUGGACCGUGGAAACCGUUGCAUGCGCUGUGAAGACAUCGCAUCAGUAGAUAUUGGUCGGCGUGAGGUUGCUGCCACAUAAGAUAAGCACUGAGUUCUAGCAUUUGUUUAAAAGAGGAGGCAAGAACUGUUGACACAGACAGCCUUGCAUCUAACUCAGUGGAUGCGCAAUGAUGGAUUAAUCGCUUUUUUGAAGGGAUCAAUUCAUGCGCGUUUCAGCAGCCAGCAUCGCGGUGCCCCGAUAAGAUCCUCGUGCGGAUUAUAUACCACCAACCUUUAACUGAUUGUAUCCCCUUCUUCUCAAGAUGUCAUCUGGGUAUUUGAUAAGGUCACUGCUUAUGCUCUUUCUCGCGCUCUUCUCUGCCAAUGCAAGCAACUGGCUAUACCUGGCAAAGCUGUCAUCGGUGGGAAGUAUUUCCGAUGAAGAAACGUGUGAGAAGCUCCGGGGACUGAUUCAGAGGCAGGUUCAGAUCUGCAAGCGUAACGUGGAGGUGAUGGAUGCCGUCCGCAGAGGUGCGCAGCUUGCCAUUGACGAGUGCCAGUUUCAGUUCCGCAACCGACGCUGGAACUGCUCGACGCUAGAGAGUGUUCCUGUCUUUGGAAAAGUAGUCACCCAAGGUACUAGGGAAGCUGCCUUUGUGUAUGCCAUAUCUGCCUCUAGCGUAGCCUUUGCAGUGACUCGGGCGUGCAGUAGCGGGGAGCUCGACAAGUGUGGAUGUGACCGCAAUGUACAUGGUGUCAGUCCUGAGGGUUUCCAGUGGUCAGGAUGCUCUGACAACAUUGCCUACGGGGUUGCUUUUUCCCAGUCUUUUGUAGACGUCAGGGAAAGAGGUAAAGGACAGUCAUCCAACAGAGCCCUAAUGAACCUUCAUAAUAAUGAGGCAGGAAGAAAGGCAAUUCUGAACCACAUGAGAGUGGAAUGUAAGUGCCAUGGUGUUUCAGGCUCCUGCGAGGUGAAGACCUGCUGGAAGGCCAUGCCACAUUUUCGCAAAGUGGGCAACAUUAUCAAGGAGAAAUUUGAUGGAGCCACAGAAGUCGAGCUGCGAAAAGUGGGUACCACCAAAGUUCUGGUUCCACGGAACUCGCAGUUCAAACCGCACACUGAUGAAGAUCUGGUAUACCUGGAUCCGAGCCCAGACUUCUGCGAACACGACCCCAGAACACCGGGUAUACUGGGAACUGCUGGUCGCUUUUGCAACAAGACCUCAAAGGCCAUCGAUGGCUGCGAGCUCAUGUGCUGUGGUCGAGGAUUCCACACAGAGGAGGUGGAGGUGGUGGACCGAUGCAGCUGCAAGUUCCAUUGGUGUUGCUACGUCAAAUGCAAACAGUGCCGCAAGAUGGUGGAGAUGCACACGUGUCGGUGAUUCACAAUUACAGAACUUUCUAGAAUGGUUCCCUCUUACCCCUACCACCACUUCCCUACAAGCCCAGGGAAACUAGACUAAUACAAUACGCAAGAAGGGAAGACGAGGACAUUCCCAGACAUUUCAUGCAAUGAUAGAACAUGUCAUACAUGAGACACGAAAAUAUAGGGGCAAAUAUAGUUUUGAGACCCAAUUGAGAGUAUUUUUCUCUCUCGUUCUGCUUUUGAUUGUGGUUGCUCUCUUAUUUUUAUAUAUAUAUAUUUUUUUAACUUAUUGGAAUGAAAAUAGAAAGUGAAUCUUUAAUGUGACGUACGUACCAGGAGAGUGCCAAUGGGAAUUGAACCUGAGGGAUAAUGGGCACAUGAAUAUGGAGAAAGGUCAUAUUGUUUGGGGCAUUGGCUCUAAAAGCCUUUCCAUUGUUAAUGCUGCUUUGGGGUUUCAUCUCGAAAGAUGGACAUUGGACAAACAGAAAUAUCAUACUCCACACAUUGAGAUGCAGUCCAGUUGUACAUCUACACUGCAAAAAAUUUUUUAAAAUCUUACUCAAAAAACGUCUUGUUUACAAAUACUUGAGAAGCAAAAUGACAACAAUAUCAGUGACAUUUUAACAACAUUUAGUGAGGUUUCUGCUCAAAAUUAGAAACAACGAUUUGCCAAUGAGGUAAACAAAAUAAAAUUGUCUUCCUUUUGAAUUACGUUUAUUUUUCUUAUCCCAUUGGCAAAGAGUUUUUUCUUGUUUUAAAGUACACUACAUCAAUUUCUACGGAUUCUUGUUUCAUUUUUCCUUUGAAAUGAACAAAAUAAAAAAAUUUGGCCAUACAUGAAACAAUCCGUUUUCAUAAACCUGCUACGUUAAGCUUACAAUAAUUUACAUUUAUGCAUUUGGCAGACGCUUUUAUCCAAAGCGACUUACAGUGCACUUAUUACAGGGAUAAUCCCCCUGGAGCAACCUGGAGUUUAGUGCCUUGCUCAAGGACACAAUGGUGGUUUGAACCAGUGUCCUUCUGAUUACCAGAUUACCAGUAAUGUGCUUAGACCACCACACACACACACACACACACACACACACGCACACACACACGCACACACACACGCACACACACGCACACGCACGCGUUAUCAAACAGGCCAAGUUUUCUCUACUCAGCAUAGUCAGUAAUAGAUAGAAUAUUUUCAGUCGGGUCUCUUUGCUGGUGGUGAUUAAUUUAUAUUGUCCAGAGUCUGUAGUUCUGAUGUUUGUGAUGAGAACCAUGGGGUUCGAACCAGCGAACUUCUGAUUAACCCUGUGCUUUAGCCACUACGCCACCGCCACAAAUCACAAUAAUGAUUUUCCAAUUCCAAAAUCCAAUCGUCAUUUCAAAGGUUAGCGUUGCUCAAGGCCAAAAACAUACUUUACGAUUUGUGAUCUGAAACAUUUUGGAAAGGAACAAUGCACAAAAUCGAGUUUUUGCAGCCAAAAGCACCUGUGUACAUGUACUUGAGUAGAGUCAAUUUCAGCCUUAACUUUUGUAAUCUUUGUAAACUUUUAAAUUUUGUAGGUUUCCAGUAGGUCAAAAGAACAUCAGCAGAUUACUUACUUUCUCAGAAUACUUGUACAUCUUGGCGUAGCUCCAGUUGUCAGAUCAGCUUUGCUAUGGUGAUUACAGGCAACCAUGAGUAUAUCUCAAACCCUGAGAUUCAUCAGUGAAGAAGAGCGUUGGUGAGGCACAACUGACGUAAAAGAUAAAACAAUCUUCCCCUGAGUUUCUUGCAAUUUUACGUUUCAACCACAGAUGUCAAUAGAGAGCCUAGAAUUCAUAAGAGGAAACCUCACAAAAUUUUGUCAUAUUUCUCUGAAACCAAGACUUAGCUUGCACCUCAAGUAAGUGUAUCUUGUUGUAAGGAUUAUUUUUCAUGGAAAACAAGACAAAAAUACAGAGUAAGCAAUUGAUUUUCUGUACUUUCCAAUAAAAAAGUAGCAUUUUUAAAUAAUUGUGGUCAUUCAUUCGUGUAGCUGUGAUGCUGCUUAAAUUUCAGAAUCACUCAUAAUGUACAGCUUUGGUCUUCUGUAUACAAGUAUUAAAGUGCCUCCUGCUUUUUUUGUAGGGAUGUAAACCAACUCCAAUCAAGAUGGAGUAGAAAUAUUACAAGUAUUUUGCUCUUGCACAAAGCGAUUAAGAAAACUGACUUAACUGUUGAAAAGGAGUGUUUUCAAAAUAAAACUGCAUUGAAUUUUUUAAUCAGAAAUCUAUUGACUCAGACACACAGUCAGCAAGUAUAUCAUUGGUUCUGUAACAAUGCAUCCGAGGCAAAGCAAAAAUGGCUAACAAAUGGCACCCCAAGUCAACCACAGGUUAUGGAUUCUGUGCACAAUGACUCCAGCACUUUUCCUCUCCAGAUGCACAUACAGUACUACAAAUAAACAAAUUUCCCAGCAUUCCCUGCUCCAUUAAAAUACAGAGUGACUGAAUUAUUUAUGGAAAAUAUGUACAAUACCAUAACACCUAGCUUUUCUAUAGUAAAAACUGCUAUCCAGUAUGCUUUUAAAGAAACAUAGAUUUGUAAAGACUUAUACACUGAA